AACUCUCUCUUUCUUUUCUCUCUCUUUCUCUCUCUCUCUUUAUCUCUCUAGAGAUAGAUAGAGAUAUGUUGAAGGUAUGGAAAUGGUACCAGAGCUGCCUCUCGCUCCACCCCGUGAAGACGCAGGUCAUCAGCUCCGGCGUCCUCUGGGGCGUCGGCGACGUCGCCGCCCAGUUCAUCACCCACUCCACCGCCCGGAACCGCCUCCAGAUUUCCGAAGCAGAUUCUAAAUUCAAAGUUAACUGGAAACGCACAGCUAUUACAAGUUUGUUUGGGUUCGGCUUUGUAGGCCCUCUAGGCCAUUUUUGGUAUGAUGGGCUUGACAAAUUUAUAAGACUCAGGUUGCAAUUUCCACCGAAGUCUGCCAAGUUUGUUGCUGCUAAAGUGGCAAUGGAUGGGAUCAUCUUCGGGCCCUUUGACUUGUUUGUUUUCUUCAGUUACAUGGGAUUUGCCGCUGGUAAAAACGUUGCUCAAGUGAAGGAAGACGUGAAGAGGGACUUUCUCCCGGCCUUGAUUUUGGAGGGUGGAGUUUGGCCACUUGUUCAAAUCGCCAACUUCCGAUACGUCCCGGUCAGAUAUCAGCUCCUCUAUGUCAAUAUGUUCUGCUUGCUAGAUAGCGCUUUCUUGUCAUGGCUCGAGCAACAAAAGGACGCUCCUUGGAAGCAGUGGUUCACAUCUUUUCACUCCUUGAAGGAAGGAGGAGGUCAGGGCAGAUGACGAAAAUUCUUCUUCGACUCUUCGGCUGUGCCCGAGUGGGCGAUGCAGGUGACUUAUACAUUUCGCGAGAAAAAUAGAUCCAGGUUUGUGCAUUAGAAAGCUGUCGAUGGAGGCGCCAUCAAUUCAAUCUCUCUAGUUCAUAGAUGCUAAUUGGAUCUUUGCUUCAGAUGCAAUAUGGAAAAAAAAAAAUGGUUUGAUUUCCUCCCUCUACAGUUAACGGAAUGAAAUCAUGAAUUUUCCAUAAGAGCAGGGACUCAGAUGAACAAUGUUGUAUUCAUCACUGUAGAUCUGCCAAGUGCGGCAGGCGUCCCGGCAAUAGCUGCUUUUUCUCCUCCAUUUUUUCCCUC